AGCGGCUCCGCCGCCGCCGCUGCCGCCGCCUCCGGCGGCGGUGGCUCCGCCUCAGCCAGCCGCUCCCGCUCCCUGGCCGGCCUCACCUGCCUGCGGGAUCUGCAGGUGAUGGAUUCCGCCAUACAUUUGGAUCUCGCCGCCAGCUGCGGUCCCUCCCUGGAGGAGCUAGCGGUCGUGGCGCAGCAGCUGCAACUGGAGCGAGACGCGGUGGGCCUUACGGGCUCCGCCGGCGGCACAGGCCACCAUUACCACCAUUUCGCGACCUUCAGAUCCGGAUUACGCGGGUUUGGCGGCGGCGGCGGUGGCGUCGGCGGCCGUCGUUCCGACGGCGCCGUCACUCGCCGUUCCGCGCUCGAUCGCACCCUCAGCAGCCUUCCUGGGCUGCGAAGACUGAGGUUGCAUGGGCUGGAUGCAUCCGCUGCGAGGCUGGGGUCCGCGCUCAUGGGGUUGCAGGAGCUCACAAGCCUCAGGCUGCUGGAUUGCCAGCUGCCCACCUUUUUUGCGGGGUCGGCGGGAGGAGGGGGCGCUAGGAGGGGCGGUGGAGGAGGGCGAGGCGGCAGGGGAGGGCAUGCGAGCUUCGCGAUGGACCUUAUGAUGAACCUGGGGUCCAAGUUGCGGGACCUCUCCCUGCAGGGCUGCUACGUCCGCGACAUGCCUGACGCGGUUCUGGCCUGCCUCACCAACCUGCGCUGGCUGGAUCUGUCGUACAACAUGCUGUCCUCGCUGCCACCCACACUGACCCUGCUGGUGCAGCUGGAGUACCUGGACCUCCAGCACAACAUCCUGGCCUCCCUGCCCGAGGGUGUAGCUGCGCUCAGCCGCCUGGCCGACCUGGACCUCUCGGAGAACCACCUGCACCGCCUGCCCGGGGACUUCAGCCAGCUCACAAGCCUGACCUUCCUGCACCUGGGCGGCCUGCACAGUCUGGACAUGGCCGCCUGCUGCCCCCUCAUCACACCGCUCACCAACCUGCACUCGCUGGGCCUGUACGACGUGGACCUCACAGACGACCCUCAUGUCGUACCUCCAAACGGCGGCGGCAACCCACUCCUGGCCAACCCGCUAGCGCAGUUGGCGGCCGCGUUCGGACCCGUGGGUCGGCUGCGGGAGCUGGUGCUGGACGGCUGCGGACUGGACAGCCUGCCGCCCAACUUCUCUGAUCUGACGUCGCUGAGCCACCUCUCCGUAACCGAGAACUUUGAUGCCACGACCGUCCCCGAGGGCGUCACCUCCCUCCGCGGCCUGGUCGUCCUCAAGCUGGGUUACCUAGACCUGUCCGUACCGCUGCCGGCCGGGCUGUUCGACCUGGGUCAGCUGCGGGAGCUGGACCUGGAGCAGAACUUCCUGCCCGGCCUGCAGCCAGACAUCAGCAAGCUCACAGCGCUGCAGGUCCUCAACCUGGUGGACUGCUUCGACCCGGAUGUGGAGGGCGAGGUGCUUCCCUGGCCCCAGCUAUACUCCCUCACCCGCCUGCGCAGGCUGGGCGUCAGCGGCCAGGAGGGCAGGCCGCAGCGCGUGAAGCCGGGCAUUGGCGCACUCACAGGACUGGAGGAUCUGGACAUGCGUCACGUGGAUCUGCCGGUUGCCGUACUGGAGGAGCUCUGCCACCACGCGCGCGACCUCACCUCCCUGGACAUCUCCUCAUGCGGCCUGCGAUCCCUGCCGCAAGCCAUCACUCGGCUGACAAGACUGGAAGCUUUCGAGUUGACGCGUAACAACCUGGCCCGGCUGCCCGCGGGUUUCGGAGCGUUUACUCGUCUGACGGACCUGGGGCUAAGCUACAAUACGCCGCUGUCGUCCCUACCACCCGACAUCACCCGGCUAACCCGCCUGCGCUGCCUCAGC